AUGAAAUUAAAUUAUAAUUUUUAUUUUUUAAUAAUUUUAUUAAUAUUUUUAAUAAUUAAUAAAAAUCAAAGUCAAAUUGUUAAAGGACCAAAAAUUUGGUCAAAACAAAUUAUAGAUACAACAUUUAUGUUAAAUCAAGGUAUAAAUUUCACAGUUAAUAAUAUUACUAAUGAUUCAAAUAAAAUGUAUCAAAGAUAUGAUUGGUCAUUUAUGAGAUUUUUCAUACAUAAUAAUAAAAGCAAAUUAUUAAUGUCUACAGAUUAUCAUCCAAGAGUUGACGAAUUCACUACAAUAAAAAUACCAAAUACUAAUUUCAUGGUUCAAAAUGAGCAUUAUACAGUUUGGGCAGAAUUCCCAGGUUUAAAAAAUAUUUCAACAUUUACAAGUGUUAGAGAGAAUCAAACAUUUCCAUGCACAUUUAAUAAUAGUAUUGGUGUAAUGGAAACUCUAACAAAUUAUACAGAUUGUAAAAAUAAUACAAGUGGAAAUUAUACAAAAGAAGUUAUAGUGAAUACUGAAACUUUUAAAUUGUAUCCAAUAAUUUUACCACCAAAACAUAUAUUUUCAAAUUUAACUCAAUCAUUUGUAAAUUAUUUUACAAUUAUUGUUCAAUUAGAGAAUGGUAAAAUUGUUGAUGCUGUUUGGGAUGGUGAUAGAAUUCCUGGUAUGUGUGAAAAACAGUGUGAUCAAUGUAUUGAUUCUCAAUGUGGUGUAAAAGUUAAGGAUAUGAAAUGUAAUGAAUUAAGAGAUAAUGAUAAAUUAUCAAAUUCAACAAUAAUUAAUGGUACAACAACAACAACAACAACUACUACUGGCACAUCAACAACUACACCAUCUUCUACUCCGAUUUUAAUUAGAGAUGGAAUACCAAUUAAUGGUUGUCAAGUUAAAUCUUUUAUUGCUUGGGCUGGUGUAGAUAGGUUGGGUAAACCUUGCCAAUCAAUUAAUAAAAUACCUUCAAAAUUUCAAGAAUAUUCUGCAACUUCAAUAAAGAAAAUUGGUACUGGUUUAUUAACUGAUUUCUUAUAUCGUGUUAAUGACCAAAAUAAUCCAAAUACUCCAUAA